AUGCUGAAGUGGACGGUUUCGAGAUCGUUGUCAGCGAGCAGCUCGACGCCUCACGGUCCACCUAACUUGAACAAGGCGCCCCGUAGGCCUUUUCGAGAUCUAUCUAACACGCCUCCCGCCGCUGGGACAAAAACUCGGGGUAUACCUGCUCAGAAUGCCGAAAACAUGUCGGCUAGAACGACGCCGGCUCGUCGAAGAAGAUGCAGGAGCCACGGCAGCGAUCUGAGAACGUACUUUCAGGCAACGAAGCCUAAUUUGCGCGCCAACAAACGUCAAUCGAUGUCACAGCAACCGGAGAAGUCAUCGGUCUCGGAGAGCUUUUAUCAAAGCACGCCAAGGGUCGACACCGAUAUCGGCCCGUUAACGUUUUUUCCCCCGGGCAGCAAAUGUUCGACGGCUCUGACCCUGCCAACGGAUCCCGCGCUCUUUAUGAAAAGUAGAACAAAGAAUUUCCAGAGCGACAACGAGCUGCCGCAAAACAUCAUGAACGAGGCCAGGGCGAAUCUCCAAUCGCACGUUUCCGACUUUUUCCAUCAAAUAUCCAUGGCCACCAGCCCCGAAGACGUGAUGGAGACCGAGUCGGUGCCUCUAUCGAAGAACAGGCUCUAUUCGCGGAACGAGGGUAAAACAAAGUUCGCUGAUUGCACGAAAAUUUCGUACUUGCCGAAACUGGCCAAGAUCACGAAAAUCCACGCUCGUUGCAAAACGCCGUACCACGGUAAAACCGUCUCGGCUGCGAGCUCCUUUAAGAGCAAGGGUCACGGUCAGACGCCUUUGGCUGGAAAACUGUCGAAUUUGGCCAUCGACCAAGAUUUACCUAAAUUCGAGAACAUGGACAACACGGUGACGGAGGUCCUCAACAGGGAGCAGGAGAUGAAUUUUAGCGGGAAAACAGUGGCGGAGAUUCUUCUGGGUGACGUCGAGGAGCGGAAGAAAGUUCUCGAGGGUAGCUGCGACGAGGAAAAUUUUAGAAGUUCCGAGCAUACCUACGAGACGAUCGUGGAGAGGGAAGAGACCGUGGACGAGGAACCCACGUGUCACAACGACAGUUCCGUCUCCUCGGCCAGUCAACUCUUGGAAGAUCCUUCUCCGAUGUCUUGGGCGUUUACUUCGCCCACCAACGACCUGGACGGAGAAUUCACGUUGAAGCGGCAACGCGGAAUACGAAGGAAGCGACAUCGUAAGGAUACCGAGAAAAUUUUCGAGGGAAAGCGUGCGAAGAGGCGAUCGUUUAGUCACAGUCCGUCCGUUGCUACGAAACAGCACGAGUCCGCUCGGAACGGUUUGGUGGAAGCCGUGAAUCCGAACGUGAAGAAACUCGCCUUGGAAACCGAUCUGGACACCACUUUGGACGAGAAGUGCGUGUACGAGCCGAAAGCGCUGUUGAGCGACCUGCAGGAGCGCAAGGACGAGGAGGGUGACGGAAGGAAAGCGAAUACCUGGGACCUGGACAGCCCAAAGUCUACCCACACCGACGACUUUCACAGCUCGAAAUCGUUCUUGAACUCGGUGUCGAACACACCAGAGACCCCUUUGGUUGCCACUGUCAGACGAUGCCUCAAGUUCAGUCCGGAAAGCGAACCGCCCAAACCCAAUUGUCACGGAUCGAUCGAGAUCGAGUAUUCCGUCGUGGGCGAUCAGAUACACGUCCGAGUGAUAAGGUGCAAGGACCUGAGGAGGGCAUACGAGGGUCCUAUUCACGCUUACGUGAAGGCGAGUUUGAAGAACACGAACGGCGAGGGGGUGGUGAAACGGACGGCGGUGCAUAGGGCCACGCCGAAUCCCGUUUUCCACGAGACCUUGAUACUGCCCUGCCCGUUGAACAACAAUCACUGCAUCAGCAAGCCCACGUCCCUGGACAUCGCGGUCUGGCACAGGGAUCGUCGUGCAAGACGUAGCGAGCUGUUGGGCUGUAUGACUCUACCUCUACCCCUGUCUCAAGAUAAGGAAGCGACAUGGCAUCCGCUAGAAGCAGGAAUCGGUCGAAACACGAGCAAUCCUUAUGCCGGUUUGCCUCAAGACUGUGGAGUUUCGCCACCCUUGUCGAAGGACGGAGAACCAGAUAAUAAUAAUUCAGGAGCAGAAGACUUAACGUAUUUGAGGCAUCUCGAAUUAGAGCCUAUCGAUCCUCUCACUGGUUUACCCCUGCAUCCGCGUUUCACAGCCAGGGGUGGUAGAACACCAUGCACUGUCACGAGGAGACUGAUAAGGCAGACUGCAGCUAAUCAGAUUCCAUGGGGAUUUUCGCUCUCCUGGGGAAGACCACCCCGCGUGGAACGCGUGGAUCCUGGCAGCCCGGCAGAACGGUCCGGUUUGAAGCCAGGUGAUCACGUGGUUUUCGUUGAUAUGACGAACGUGGUGACGCGAUCACGAGAAGAGAUUCUUGGACUGAUCCAGGCGGCCACGAAUCAGUUGAUCUUGGAAAUUUAUCGCAAGGGAAACGUUCACUCGUCGAUGCAUCGGCCUAACUCGAUGAACGUUAGUCUGCAACAAUCGAUCGGCGGCGGACACCAUGCGGUUGCGUUUAACGCCGAGGUGUUUCCAAAUCUCGCCCCGGAUGCGCCACCGGAAGAGGAAUUGUCUGUGCGCGAGACGCGAUAUUGGGGUAUCCUGAAAAGCGGUCACACGCGUUUCCUGACACCCUUAGCCGAGAGACGCGACGUCCUCUCCGCCGCGGACUACCUCAUACUCUUCCAAAAUCUCGACGAAUUGCUCAAAAUUUCCGAGGAGAUUCGAGACGAGGGUGGCGGAGUCGAGAGUUACUUGUGCAGAGUUCCGAGAAUCACCGCUGCCUACAGACGAUAUCUAAGCGGACUACAACGCGCGUGCUGUCUGCUGGUCGCUCUCAGACGAAACACCGCGUUCGCCAAGCUCGUCUGCGAGCCUGCGGUCCCGCACAAGAGACGACCCGACCUGACCGGCGUCUUACUCCUGCCUCUAGAACAUUACAGAGAGAUGACGAGACUGUUGGGUCUUGCAUCGCCAAGGAAUUGCCAACAAGCCAGAGACUUGGCUCAGGGAUACAGGGAAGCUACGGCUAACGCCGGCGUGAUGGAACCACCGCGCGAUACCGGCAGACCUCUGCUUAGCCUGCAAGAGGUCGAAUCCCGGCUGGUUUUCGCCAGAUGCAAACCGUUCACCUUGGCCAUGCCUGGCAGACAAUGGCUAUUCGGUGGUGCGUUGGCGAAAGUGGAAGGCCGAGCGCGGUUGCAACCCUCGUGGGCCUUACUCCUCACCGACCUUCUCGUGUUUGCUCGAGUCUCCCGAGAUCGCGUCCUUUUCGUAACCGAAGAGCCUCUGCGACUCUCGAACAUUGCCGAGGCUUGUUUCACCGUCCGCAAAAGGCCUACGGAGUUCCGAUUGCAAAUCGCCAUCAAUCCGGCCGGAAACUCGGAGAAUGGUCACGUAGAGGUGACGAAUAGCGGAGGAUGCAGUCCUCACAGUCGUCCCCGAAGACGGGUUUUGGUAUUGCGAGCGCCGACUCCGGAACUGAAAGCCGUUUGGCAUAACCUUCUUCAGCGACAGAUAAUCUAUGUGAAUACAGGCUAUGGGGGAACACCGAGUCAAGACAGCCCGGAAGAGAGUCCGAUCAUCGGUAGCAAUUUCACUACCACCGCGGUCAGGGAACCCACGGAAAGUUCGCAAACUACCAGGGAGUCGCAGAAACAGGACGAGGAGAAAGAGUCGCGCUCGGCAGAGAGCAUCGACAGUAUGAUCAAAGGUUCGAGGGAGAACAAUCAUCUGGCGCAAUGGGUGCGCAAUUCCCACCAGAUUCCACCUCCCGAUCACGAGGAGGUUCCCAUCGAGGAAUGGACGGCCGAGGAAUUGGCGGCACGAGCGCCGAGAGAAAGCGGCAACGAAUCGAGACGAGAACGAAACGCGACGGCGGAAGAUAUCAUAACCGAAGUCAUUAGUUCCGACGUGGAGCAACAAAGUACCGCAUCGAGUGCCAGCCUGAGUACCGUCAAAUCCAAUAGCGUAACCGCGAAAAAGAACGGCAGUCUAGGAUCGUCCAAGGAAAAUUCCAUCAGCUCGAUUAACAUAUGUAGGAGAUGUCACAGAUCGGGUUGUCCAACACCGCCCUUGGCGAGGGAUCCUUUCUCUCCGUUACCUCCAAAAAUAUCGGUCGUACCACCCACGCCCGAUUUAUGCACCAGGCACAGGCUCAGAAACGGUGCACACGAUAGCCCCGAAAGGAACAGUCCAGGUUACACGCCGGCCGAUGGCAACACGGAAGACGGGAGCGGGGACGAUCUCGAUUGCGAGGGCGAGCCACCGUACAGAGCAUUGAGAAGAUUCGGCACGGUGAGCAGCUUGGAUCAGGAUGACGAGAUCGAGGAACAAGGCGACGACGACAAUCGAGAUACCGAGUCCCCGCCCGCUGGCCUGAGAUCCUGGACGGCUAGGGCGAGCAAUUACGUGGUCGGCAAAAGGUCGGCGUUGCUCGAACAAUUAGGCGAAGGCAUAGGCGGAUACCUUCUUCAGUCGCCAGUUCCUCCGGAGAGAACGGAAUUCUCCUUGGACCCGAACGACGAGGAAGGCACGACGUCUGGAGCUACCUCGGGCGACGAUAUCUGGGGAACACCGACUUCCGGCGGACCCGACGACGAAAGCUUCACCACGAGUUCGUCGCCGCCCGUUGGUACAGGCAACGUCGUUGCAUUCGGUGAAGACAACUACGGCCUAAACCUAUCGGCGGAAGACGACGCUGACCAAGAGUCUGAAAACGAAGACUGCAACCUGUCGGAACUGAACAUGGACCAGUUGCUCGGCAGCGGAAGCCUCAGCUCGUUGCGGUGUUUCAUGGGCAGACAGAGGUUAGAACCACUCCUGGAGGAGGACGAUUCGUCCGGAAGCGCAAAGGAUCAAGUCGGAUGGUGGUGACAACGGUUUCAAACGGCGGCGUCGAAGAACGUCGGCGCCAGUUCCGAUGGCAACGACAGGGAUCGCGUCUUUGCCAGACUGAGCCAGGAGGAUAAAGAGUUUCGCAGAAAGAUAGUGAAUCUGCAUAGAAAACUGUCGGAUGUCGAGGAUACUUGCGUGACCGAGACCGUGUCGUCGGACACUGUGAACAUCUCGAAGGACGCGGAACGAUUGAAAGAAUUGGAGUCAGUCGCGCGAAGGGCGGAAGAGACUAGAGAGAACAGAAAUGCCGAACAAGCCGAGGCAGAAGGUUAUUCGUCGACGGAGUUCGGAGACGCGAGGAAUCGUCGAUACAAUCGACGAGGCGAAAUGCAACACGAACGAAGAAGGCGAAUAGAAUUGUUUCAGCGUAAAACGAACAAGCUCGAGGAGGAUUCGGACGAUCAGAACGAUAGCAGCCCUUCGAGGACAACGGAGAAAAACUUUUUAAACAGGUUGAGAAUAAAGCGACGCAGCAUGAAGCUGCUGAGUUUCUUGAGCGGCAAGGCCGCGGACAGAUCGCAAGAAGAACGCGCUGCGAGACUGUUGAGAAUGUACAUGCCCGAGAAAGGAUCCAAAGCACAAAAUACUAUUUCUAUUCAUCAUACGUCCAGAGACAGACGAUUUUGGAAA